AUGCAGGUCUCGACGCGGAGUCUCGCGCCCUCUCGGCCAGCCAGGGGACAGCUGCAGACCUGCCACGCAGCCACAGGCGUCAGGCAGCAGGUAGCCGCGGCCGCCGCCGCCGCUGCGCUGCUGGUUGGCGGCGCGGCGGCACCGUUGCCGGCGGCGGCGUUUGGGCCGGUCAAAGUCAAGCUUGAAAAUAUCCAAGUCACUCAAGUGCCCUGUGACACCGGCGUGGGCACUGUGGGCGGCGUCACCUUCAGCGGCGCGAGGAGCAAGGCGGCCUGCCUGGACGUGGGGGCCCAGGCUACCAACCCCGAGAGCAAGCCACUGUUCAACGCCGAUGUCUUUGGCCGGAUCUACGAUGCCAACCAGGAGGCCAUGAUUGAUGACAACGAGUCGAUCCGCAUCGCAUACAUCGAUGAGAUCCCCCCCGGCAAGUCCGAGGUGCACUUCAAGCUGUUUGUGCCCCUGGAGCAGUACAAGCUGGGCAAGCCCACCCUCACCGGGUUCAAGGCCACGGGCUUCCCUGGCGGCAACCUGCCCAAGACCGGCCCCGGCAAGGUGGACGCGCAGCAACUGAGCGAUUGCGAGAUCUUGGGAGACUGCGAAGAUCUGGAGCUGGAGGCAGCCAUUCGGUGA